ACUAGUGACCACGAAAUGGUUCAGUCGGUUGGCGAGGUUUGUUCAGUACGGACGUGAAAUGGGGAUGGAGAACUAUACGGCGGAAUAUUUCGAGAGAGCUUUGUCGAAAGCCUUUCGAUGUGAAAAGCUGCGCGUGGAAAAUUUCAACAUUAAGGUUGUGAGCCAGAGUGGCGAGAACUUUUGCAGCGUCAUCUACCGGGUGUCGCUGGACUUCCGCCGGUCUCCCGAUAGUGCUCUCGAAUCAGGAAAUUAUGUUCUCAAGGAUCUGCUGCCCGUCGCUGCCGAGAUCGGUUCAAAUGAAAAGGACAUGUUUGAGCAACUCCUGCCAGCUAUGUCGGCUAUCCUCAAUAAAUCUGCGACUGAGAUUGGUGAACACAAACUAAGCGCCGACUGCCUUCUUGUGGAGACAUCAGCCAGGAAAGAGAUUUACCUUCUGGAAGAUCUGGGAGCCCUGGGUUACGGAUCUUUUAAUCGCUGUCAGGGCCUAAAUCUAGAAGAAGCCAAAAUUUGCCUAAGGAAACUGGCUCAGUUCCACGGCGCUUCCAUGGUUUUGUUUCAGGAUCAACCCGAGUUGAUCACAAUGCUUGCGCCUUCGAAUUAUAGCAAGGGACUGACUGAUCAUUUCGGCAAGGUUAUUGUUCUAGACGGAACCGAAUUUGCGGCAGAAGCAUUUGCUGAGGAAUUGCCAGAAAUAUCUAAGAAAAUGAAAGCCCAACUACCCCAUGUGUAUACCCGGAAAAUGCAAAGUGUGGUAGAUCCUAAUAAGUCGGCCUUCAAUGCGGUGAUUCACGGUGAUCCCUGGUUAAAUAACAUAAUGUUUGAUGCAACUAACAAAAGAGCAGUACUUGUGGAUUUUCAAAACUGUUUUUGGGGCAGCCCGGCCAUAGACCUUCAUUUCCUCUUCUACACCAGCAUUAAGCAAGAUAUCCUGCUGAAUCAGCAGGAUGAUCUUCUGAAUCACUAUUUUAAUAGUCUUCAAAGCACAUUGAAGCAUUGUGGUUAUAAGAAAACAUUGCCCACUUUUGAUCAACUGAAGGAUGAAAUGCAACGCUGUUUGCUUUACGGCUAUUAUUCCGUUGCCUGUGAGCUCCCCAUUUGUUGUGCUACACCUGAGGCAAGUGCCAAUUUUGGUGUUCACACCUUUGGGGAUCCAGAAGCAAUGCUAAAAAAGCGUCAGCAAUUGUUUACCAACGAAAGAGUGCGUCAGACAAUUAAGGCUUGUCUACUCCAGUUUGAUCAGCAGGGUAUAUUGGAUUAGAAAUGAAAAGAUCCUGUUUCUUUUUAUUUGUUUAAAGCAAUAUUGAUUGUUUUUUAUUAUUAGUAUUUUGUGUGCAGUAAACUGUGCAAUGUAUUUAGAAAAAUUAAUUUCCUUCUCAAACGAAAGCGCCUAAA